AACAAUAUAUUGAAACCCCCAAAAGAUUGAUUGGCUCCAAAAUUUUAAAAGCAAACUGCAAAAUUAAAAUGAAUAUUUAAUAAAAUAGCCACAGAGAGACUCACAUCUACUUAUCAACUAUAAUUGAAUUCAGCUCUUACAUAGUUACAUACACAUAUAGUAUAAUAAAGAUUCCCAAGAACACAGUGAACCAUUUUUUUCUCAAUAAAAUUCAGAAUUGCAAUAAUCCUUGCACAUUUUUUAACAACAAGAAGAGGAAAUAUAUAGCCUGUAUGGAAGUGAGGUGCAUUUCGAUGUGUUUGAUAUGACAUGGGGCUUUCCACGGUCUUAGGACGGGCCCUGAGGAGGUGUGAGGAACCUGCAGAAGGACAGGGGACAAAUGCUCAGGGCAGAGACCUCCUGUCCUCACCUUCUGGCUGCUCUGAGAUGAAGACCACAGGAGCCAAGUUCUGCAGCGGCCAGCCUCGCCCGCAGCAGUGGGGCCGUCUGGAUUUCUGUAUCCCUAGUUGAAACAAAGGCCUGAGGGACGCCUGCCCAGCAGGCUGAGCCACCAAAGCUCCGGGGAUCAGGGCGAACAAAGGCAGAGGGAAAGCAGAGUGCUGACAGGGCCGGAGGCCAUCGGCCUCAGGGCUAUAAAGAGGGGGGCCGCAGAGCAAGUGGCACCAGAUGGAGACCCAGACUGUGCAGCGGGAGCUGGAAAGCCUUCCAACCACCAAGAUGGCUCAGACCAACCCUAUGCCAGGGUCCCUGGGGCCAUGGAAGAUAACCAUCUAUGAUCAAGAGAACUUCCAGGGGAAGCGGAUGGAGUUCACCAGCUCCUGCCCAAACGUCUCUGAGCGCAGUUUUGAUAAUGUCCGGUCCCUCAAGGUGGAAAGUGGCGCCUGGAUUGGUUAUGAGCAUACCAGCUUCUGUGGGCAACAGUUUGUCCUGGAGAGAGGAGAAUACCCUCGCUGGGAUGCCUGGAGUGGGAGUAAUGCCUACCACAUUGAGCGUCUCAUGUCCUUUCGCCCCAUCUGUUCAGCUAAUCAUAAGGAGUCUAAGAUUACCAUCUUUGAGAAAGAAAACUUUAUUGGACGCCAGUGGGAGAUCUGUGAUGACUACCCCUCCUUGCAAGCCAUGGGUUGGCUCAACAACGAAGUUGGCUCCAUGAAGAUACAAAGUGGGGCCUGGGUUUGCUACCAGUAUCCUGGAUAUCGUGGGUAUCAGUAUAUCUUGGAAAGUGACCAUCAUGGAGGAGACUAUAAACAUUGGAGAGAGUGGGGUUCUCAUGCCCAGACUUCCCAGAUCCAGUCGAUUCGCCGAAUCCAACAGUAGUGGAUUAAAAGCUCCAAGUAAGAGAAUCCUAAAGCAUGAGACCUUGCUAAGCACUCUAGAAUGAGUUUUAUGUUCUGCUCACAGACAUUGCUUUCAAAUGUUAGCUGCUGAAACCCACAAUAAAUGUCAUUUAAAAAAAAAA